CCGAUGCCGUUUGAUUCUAGAGGAGGAAAAUCAGGUAACCGCCUCAUACUAUCAGACUGGCGAGCUACGGGAUAUAAAUACAUGUCGUCUGGAGGUUUGGUAAACAAACUUGUCUAUGCGUCCUUUACCUGACAUCCUAGUGAGACCCGCAACGCUGGACACGGGUAAAAGGAGCCAAUGCCAUAUCCUGCAAUGUGUGAGCACGGAAAGAAGCAACGGUAACCGGCAACACUUAGGUAUGGUGGCGGCGUCUCCUCGGCUCCCCACAAAACGGGGUAACAUACUCAAAGCGGCAGAGGCUUCAGUAAGGGAAGGGGCACGGCAACCCUGUGAUCUCCUACCUAUCCCGAGCGUCUCCAUGGUCAGCCGGGCCCGAGGGCGUGGGCGAGGCAUGCCAGGUUCCAUGUCUGACACCACGUGCGCCCCCAAGGCUGCUCCACAGGGGAGCCAGGAAAGGCAAUGGCUCGGCCCGGCAAAGCUCUGGUCUCGGGAGCUGGUAGUCCGGCGGCUCCGUGACGUUCUAUUCCGGAACGGGUCAGCGUUGGACAGGCGUACAGCACGGUGAAAAUAAGAUCACGAGUUGAUCAAAAACGAGAUCCGACAUGGUAGCGGCAGUUGAAUCCGGGAUUGAAGUUGUUCAGGAGCUGAGAACUCGAGAGGCUGUGACGGUUACACAAGCCGUGUCAUGAAUGUUGCAGGGACCUGUACGAAGCAGUAUGUCCUCCAGAUACACUGGCGCGGAUCUCUUUCACCCCAAAGUCUGUGGGGUUAACGCUGU